GAGAUACUGCACCCCAUGGACGAUGCUUCCUGCAGCUGAGGAAUCACGUCACAUUUCGCUCCAGAUCAGCCCAUCUUCCAGGAGACAGGGAAGGGAAAUGGCUGUAACGGAGUCAGCUCAGAUGCCAGUGACCUUCGAGGAGGUGGCUGUGUAUUUCACCCAGGGGCAGGGGGCUCUGCUGGACCCAGCUCAGAGAGCCCUCUACAGGGACGUCAUGCAGGAGAACUACAAGAUGGUGACCUCACUGGGAUUUCCCAUUCCCAAACCUGAGCUAAUCGCCCGGCUGGAACGAGGGGAAGAGCCGUGGGUGCCCGAUCUCCAGGCCUGCGACGAAAGAGAGAUCCCAGGAGGCGUCGGCACAGCAGGUGCUGAGCGAGGGAGUGAGAACGUGGAGGGGAAUCAUCAUGAGGAAGUUCCUGGAGAAGUGGAACUGCAGGGGACCUUUGUGGGAAGAGCUGAUGGGAAUUUUUCCCAGUGUGUGGAACAGGGAGAAGCCUGGGGAAAUUGGCACAGGUCAGAGAGGUUUCUGGAAAACCACCCAAGGAAGAACGUGAAUGAAUCUAUUAACAGUGGGGGAGGAGACAAGGAUCCCAGAGCACAGCAAACAAAUCCCAAUGAAGAGACACCAUGGCACUGCCGGCGAUGUGGGAAAGGAUUUAUUGUGAGAUCACAGCUUGUGACACAUCACACAAUCCAUACUGGAGAGAAACCCCUUCAAUGCUUAGACCAUGGCGAAAGUUUCAGUAACCGCUCAGAUCUUAAUACCCAGGGGGGAAGCCACACUGGAGAGAAACCCAUUCAGUGCCGCGAGUGCGGGAAAUGUUUCAGUUCUAAGUCAGCACUAAUUUCACAUCAAGAAAGCCACACAGGAGAGAGACGCCAUAAGUGCUUGGACUGUGUGAAAAGUUUCAAGCGGAAGUCAGACUUUCUUAAACAUCGGGUAAUCCACACAGGAGAGAGACCCCAUAAGUGCUUGGAUUGUGGGAAAAGUUUCAAGCAGAGGUCACACGUUCGUAGACAUCAGGCAACCCACACAGGAGAGAGACCUCACAAGUGCUUGGAGUGUGGGACAAGUUUCAGGCAGAGGUCACACCUUCGUAGACAUCAGGCAAUCCAUACAGGAGAGAGCCCUCAUAAGUGCUCAGACUGUGGGAAAAGUUUCACACGGAGAUCAGACCUUGUUAGUCAUCAGGCAAUCCACACAGGAGAAAGACCCCAUAAGUGCCUGGACUGUGGGAAAAGUUUCAAGCGGAGAUCAGACCUUGUUCAUCACCGGGCAAUCCACACAGGAGAGAGACCCCAUAAAUGCUUGGACUGUGGGAAAAGUUUCAUAGGGAGGUCAAAGCUUGUUAAACAUCAGGCAAUCCAUAUCGGAGAGAGACCCCAUAAAUGCUUCGACUGUGGGAAAAACUUUAUAACGACGUCAGCACUUAUUAAACAUCAGGCAAUCCACACAGGACAGAGACCCCAUAAGUGCUUGGACUGUGGAAAAAGUUUCAUAUGGAGGUCAGACCUUCUUAAACAUCAGAAAAUCCACACAGGUGAGAGACCCCAUAAGUGCUUGGAUUGUGGGAAAAGUUUCAGAGAGAGAUCACAGCUCAAUAAGCAUGGGAGAAUCCACACAGGAGCUAAAGUUCUGUGACCAGUGACCAGAAAGGAUUAGGCAGCUUGCAUGUAACUGACUCAUCUCAAGCCUUGUUACACAUUAGGGAAGCCACAGAGGAGAGAGACUUUAUAAAUGCUUGGCAUGUCAGAAAAACUUCAGUAACCGAGAAUCCACAUAGGUAUGAAAGACCCUAGGAAUAGUCUGACUACAGAAAAAAAAAAAAUUGAAUUUGACCUGACACCUCAGUGACUCACAGAGCAGAGAGGCCUUGAAUGUGGGGGAAGCUCCAUUAGGUACUCCCUGAGUUUCAGCAUCCAGAAAUCCGCAGAAGGAAGAAACUUCUGAGAUGUUCUCAGUGCAGAAAAUGCUCCAAGUGGAGCUAACACCGUGUUGGACAUCAGAGACUCCUCCACACAGCAGGGAAAUUCUCUCAGGGCCCUGACCAGGCCAUAAUGACAAACCCAUUUCCUCGUUCCCACACACAUCAGGGGCAUUUGGCUCCCAGGGAUUCAGCUGCCCAGUGCUGGGGUGAGGAUCCAGCAGCAGCUGGUCAGUGACCCUCUGCCUCUGUCUGGUCUAAGCAAACCCCAGACAGAUGAGGAGAAGCCCCGAUCAGCCCCUCCUACCUGCUACAGCCCUGGCUGCUGAGCUGAUGGACCACAGAUGGGGAAGGGAGAGAGAGAAACUCCUCCAGCCACUCCCUCUGCCUGGCUGAAGUUCCCUCCUCUGCUUUCCCUCCCAGCUGGGAUCCCCCUGCCAUGGAUCUGAGCAGAAGGAUACUUGGGCUAGGCCCCACUGUCACUCUAGACCCCUGUCUCCACGCCCCAUCUUCCACCAACCCCUGGACUGGGCUUUGGGGGAAUCAAAUAUCCCCAGCCUGAAUCCCCCAGGGCGCUGGGCUCUGGGGAAAUCAAAUAUUGAGGGACCAGGGCUUUGAGUUCUGGGGAGGAAACUGGGGAUUGAAUUGCUGGGGCUGGUGGAGCUGGGUGCUGGGGCUAUCGAGUGUUUGGGGCUCAUGGAAUAAGUGCAGAGGGAGAGCACAGGAGUAGAGAGGUGCUGCCUCUCCGCACUCAGCCCCUCUGCCCCCUCUGAGAGGGACUGGUUCCCACAGGGCCUAUUGUGGGAGGCCUGGAGAUCCCACCUCUCCCUCCGCAGCAUCAGCCUCCAAAGUUCUGGCUAUGUUAGGAGAUGUGUUGGGGAUUAGCCAGCAGAUCUCUGUGACCCUCCACCAGAUUUCCUAGUGUAAACUCACUCUGAGCAUCUUAUGUGCUCUGACCAGUGUUCCCUUAUCUUUUACAUCCAUGUGCGGAAUGAAUUUAGUUCUAUGCGCCAGUAUGCGACACAUCAUCUCCAUAUUGGCGCACAGAACAAAAUUCAUGUGGUGGGGGUGGGGCCAAGGGGUUCCGA